AAACAUCUCUAACGAGACAAUCCACUUUUAUUAUCAUGAAUCUCGGCUACACGCCCCCGACUCCUCUCGGAUAUACGCCCCAAACUCCUCUAGGUGGCACUAGUCCUGUCUCUAGUCCUGCCAGCUCAGCGCCUCCCAUAAGUGCCAUCCCCACAUCGUUUUCUCACGCUCAUGCUCCCGCUCCACCUUUCACAACACACUCUUCAUUUCCCAGCCCACAGGGCCAAGGCUUCCCAUCCCAAUACCCUCCGCCGGGCCUCCUUCCUCCCAGCGCAGGCUCUAAUUUGCAGCAGCCAUCACAAACCCCUUUGUCGUCACAAAACAAUGAUUCAGCAGGUUUAACAUUCCCAUCCACAGACUCCUCCAUAUCUGACAGAUAUUCCUACUAUUUAUCCACACUCCCGCUCUAUUGCUCUGAUUGGGGCCGUCUACCGGACUUCAGCACCGAGUGUAUCGCCUUGUCGCUGUACAAAGAAGGCUUACUGAACAAACUACAGAUUCUCCAUGGAGUUGCCUACGGAAAAGAUGCCACCACCGAUUAUAAUGCCGCCAGCUUCAAUCCUGGUGCAGAUUCCGGUGUCGACACCGACGAGGCGAAAUCCAUUGAAGGGUUUGAUUUCUACAAGGCGGCCGAGGUUUCGGUGGAAUACCCCAUCACCAACCUCCAGUGGGAUCCAGCAAUGGGUUCGGGUAGCCAUGAACGGCUCGCAGCCUCGAGCGAGGUUCUACGGUUGUUCAAGGUGGACCACGACUCUUUGGACUCCAACAACAACUUCAGAAUGUCUCAAACCCAUUACUUAACCAACAGUACUUCUGGAGCCACUUCCGGUGGGAUCAUGAAUUGUCCACCAGUGACGUCUUUUGACUGGAACAAACUCGAGUCCAACCUCAUCAUCACCGCCAGUGUCGACACCACGUGUACCGUGUGGGAUCUCAAUCGACUGAACCCCAAUCCCGAUCCUCAUCAAGGGGACUCGGCCUACGUAAAGACUCAAUUGAUUGCACACGAUCUGGAGGUGUUUGACGUGAAGUUUGUCACCGACUCCACCAAUCUCUUUGCUUCGGUAGGGAACGACGGUAGCAUAAGAAUGUUUGACUUGAGACUGCUUGAACAUCUGACAAUUAUCUAUGAGCCUUCAAGUGGAACUGGCCCCAGUCGCCACAAUUACAACUCCAAAGCGUUGCUCAAGCUAGCCACUUCGAACGUCGACCAGAACUACUUGGCUACGAUUGGAGUCAACUCGAACCAGGUGAUUGUCAUUGAUACUCGGCUUCCGGGUGUUCCAGUAGCAGUUUUGGAUGGAUCUCUUGGAGGUCGUAACUCGGGUGCCAUUAAUUCCAUCAAGUGGCAUCCCACUGGAAAUUUCCUCCUUACGGGUGGUGAUGACUGUCAGGCGUUGGUGUGGGAUUGUAACAAUUUCCAAUUGCCUAAAGACCAUGAGCAUCCGUUCGUGGUAGGAUCACCGGUUUUGUCGUACGAGGAGUCGCUCGAAGUGAAUAAUGUGUGUUGGAGGGCUCCCAUGGGUGACUGGAUGGGUGUGGUGAGUGGUAAAGGUUUCCAGGCAGUCCUGAUAUAA